AUGAAACUCACGUGGCACGUUCACUUUGGCACCAUUAUGGGACGCGCCAAAUUCUGGAAAACGGCCGACAUCAUUGUUCUCGAGACCUGGCACACUAUUGUUUUUUUCUUCGUUGUGGGACAGACCCUUGUUCUGUCUUCUAGCUUUCCGAGCAGAAUAAGGUGUUCCGCUCACAGCACACAUCCAGAUUCUUGUCUUGUAGAUGCGGAAGAGCUCGCGCACCAAGUCUCUGAAAUCAAUUCGCUUGGUUGUGGAGUAGUAGAAAAUAAGCUUACGCCGAUCGAACUGGUACUCCGCAUCCACCAAACGCAUGUUCUUCAACUCCGAAGAUGCCAGCAGUACCUCAUCUUGCGAACUGGUUGCAUUGGCAAUUUUGGACAAACAAAGCCGGCAUGCUUUUUCUUCGUCCUGUUUCUUAUUCAAAAUCUGCUGGAUCUCACUCUGUUGGGCCAAAGCCAAGAUAGCUUUGGGAGCAUGAAGCGUAGGAGGAGCGCAUCCAGCAGCAUGGUUUUGGUGUGGUCCAUGGCCCCCCAUGUGAUGAAGCAGUUUGACUGA